UUAUUCUGCGGCUGCUACCAGGAAGAAGCGCGCACAGUGAGGACACAUAACCACCACCUCUGGGAAGAAUAUGAGCAACUCGGCGCCGUGAGGCAGAAGUUAUGACUUUAACAUGGCUGACACGGGUCCGUUUUUAACUUCGUGUAUUAUUUUCUACCUGUCUGUCGGGGCCGCGAUAUUUCAAAUCCUCGAGGAGUCCAACUGGGUUUUUGCCAAAGACAAGUACAUCCUGCAGAAGGAAAACAUCCUGAGGAACCAUGCCUGCCUAACCAAAGAAGGUCUGGAUGAGAUACUGAAGAUUGUGUCAGAGGCUGCGGGCCAAGGUGUGACCAUCACCGGGGAAAAUCACCGCAACACCUGGGACUGGGCCAACUCUGUCAUAUUCGCCGCCUCCAUUGUAACCACCAUAGGUUAUGGAAACGUUGCCCCCAAGACAAAAGGUGGGCGAGUGUUCUGCAUCUUGUACGGCCUGUUCGGGAUCCCCCUGUGCCUGGUAUGGAUCAGUCGGCUGGGCUCCUUCUUUGGAGAUCGGGCCAAACGCCUGUCCGGGAUUCUGAUCCGCAAAGGAGUGUCAGUGAAAAAGGUGCAGUUCACCUGCACGGCCAUUUUCCUCCUGUGGGGGCUGUUUGUGCACCUGGUGAUCCCUCCAUUCGUCUUCAUGUCAAUGGAAGGGUGGAGCUACUUGGAGGGCAUUUACUUCUCUUUCAUCACUCUCACAACCGUUGGGUUUGGAGAUUAUGUGGCAGGUGUGAACCCAGACAUCGAGUACCCUCGCCUGUACCGGGUGUUCGCCGAGCUGUGGAUCUACAUGGGCCUGGCCUGGCUGUCUCUGUUCUUCAGCUGGAAGGUCAACAUGGUGGUGGAAGCUCACAAAGUGCUGCGAAAGAGGAGACACAGGCACAAGCAGUACGAGGAGGCGGAGCCCGAAGAGGAGAAGCCGGAGGAGGACUCGAAGAGGCCCACGGUUGUCGAUAUCUUCCACUUCCAGUCCGGGCCGGACGAAAACUACAGCACCAUCAUCAAGGAGAUCGGGAUCGCGGCCAAAAAAAACAAGCCGGCGGACAAAAUAAAUCGCUCGAAGAGCUGCAGCGACAUCUUGGCCAACAACAUCCAGACUCUGGAGCGCUCGCCGCGCCACAGGCGCAUGAUCAGCAUCAGCGAGGUCUUCUCCAGCGUCAAGGUCGACAUGGAAAAAAGCAAACGGGAGAAGGAGCAUCCGGCAAUACAGGAGAGCCUGAGAGACCCCGAACCUGCAGACAUCGCGAGAGCGGGCGAUCAGGAGAAGGCGGACAGUUGUGUUUUUGAUUUAGAGGAAGAUGGUAUCGUCUUCGCGGUGUCUGCCAAAGAUAAUCCAGAAGAAAAGAGCGUUCAGCACCCUGCCGGAGGGGAGACCCGGUUCAAGAUCUCGAAGGUGGUCGAGGAGGACUUGUUAGUUGACACAGCAGAAAAAGGAUGAAAGGACCAGUUGGGGUAGUUUGUGAUAGCUGGUUAUAUUUUGUAUAAUAAUAACAUCACAAAUACUGUUAGAAAUCAAACAGUGUGUUGUGGAGUGAUUUCCUGCCUUUCACUGACCGUGUCUGAUCAGUGAUUUUUCAAGUUUUAGCUGCAAAUAAUGAGCCUCCAGUUGAUCAAGAUGGAACCUCUGCACUGUUAUUUAUGCAUUAUGAAUGUCGCGAAAUUCAACGCUGUAAACGACUGUGAUCACGCAAUGAAAACAUACACUGAUUAUUUCAGAUCACAGUACAGGGCUUUGUGGAAGGCAGAGCCGAUGAGCAGCUUCCCCUCAUAGGGAGCGGCGAUGGUGGAGCCCAUGAUUAUGUGUCCGUCGUCAAUGUACUCCUGAGUCACGACAGGAUGCUCUGAGUGGAUGUUCUGGAUCUUCAGGAUCUUGGGGAGACGUGUAAGAAAAGAUGUGGCAAAUGAAAAAAAAAA